CGCGCUGUCUCCUUCAUAAACCAGCCUCUUUCCCACCACUCGGGACUGAAACCAGCGGCUUCCUUUACGCGCGCCUGCCUGGGGUCCUUGUGGCGACAGGGCGGGGCGCGCGCGGUGCGUUUGCGCGCGAGAGAGGCGUUUUAACUUUUCCUCGACAUUCUCCUCAGGAUACCCCCGAGUUCCCGUUUUCCCAAAGCCCCUCGGCGGCUUCUCUCCUUCCCUCACGCCGCCUCGAACUUCUCCAUUCAGAGGCUCCCCUAACCGCCUCUCCAAAAAGAGAAAGAGAAACAGCGUCGGAGAAGGAAGGGGUAAAUUCAGUAAGAGAGCCCCAUGCAAAAGGCUUGCCCGGGCCUGGAAGCCCCGGCUGGCGGUAGUAGCACCAUCACCAAGUCUCUAAUCUUCGCCGAGGGAGGAGGAGGAGGAGGACGGUGGGAGUUGGGUCUGGCAGGGGACCGCGCGCGCUUCGCGGGCGUUUUCGCUGCUAAGGGGCGGCUGGAGGCCACCGUACCCGCCGCCGGCAAGACAGCGAGGCGCACACGUUGGCUGCAAAAGUCUGGAGGAUCUCAAGUGUGUGUUUGUGCAUGAGAUCGCAGGCGCCGGAUCUGUGCAGGAGAGGAACCAUGUGAGUGCCCCUCGGCUUCCUAUUCUCCAAGGCAAAUAAAUGCAAGCGCAAUAAUCCGGGAAGGGGAAUCAAAUCCUAAGAGAGAGAGAUUGGAGAGGAAGAGAGACGCCGGGGUGGCGGAAAGUCUCUUUCUCCUUGGCUGCUUUUGUUUGCAAAUCCGGCGGCUUGGAAGAUGGAGAUGGAUGUUCGGGGAGUUUCUCCGUGCCCGGAGCCCAUCCCCCACGCCGCGCAGGGGUCUGGAGGCUGUCAGCAGCAGCAGCAGCAGGAUGGGCAGGCAGGGGAAAGCGCCGGUGACAGCGCGCAGCAGCAGCAGCAGCAGCAGCCGGAGAAGAGGCAUAGCGGCGAGAAGGAAGACAAAAAGAAGUCCACAGCCAACAAGACUUCAGGUGCUCCCUCGUAUAGCAGAUGGUCAAGUUCACAGCCACAUCAGCCUAAUUCCACAGUGAGAACGUACCAAAACAGUAAAUACCGAGUGACCAUGAGUCCUGGCUUUAGUUCCCAGUGGAGCAGCAGCCAACCUCUUUGGAACACAUACACUUUCCCAAGGACAAGCUUGCACUACCAAUCCCACGCUAGCUACACCUACUGUGCUGGACACACUGCGCAUUCCUAUGCACCAGCUCCCCACCCCAUGGCUCCUCCCAGCCCCAGUACUAAUAGUAGCAACAACAACAGCAGCAACAGCAGCGGCGGCGGCGGCGAGCAGUUGAGUAAAACCAACCUGUACAUCCGAGGCCUUCCACCCGGCACCACCGACCAGGACCUUAUCAAGCUGUGCCAGCCGUAUGGAAAAAUUGUAUCCACAAAAGCAAUUCUAGACAAAAACACAAAUCAGUGCAAAGGUUAUGGUUUUGUAGAUUUUGACAGCCCAGCAGCAGCACAGAAGGCAGUAGCAUCUCUUAAAGCAAAUGGAGUUCAAGCGCAAAUGGCAAAGCAACAAGAGCAAGACCCCACAAAUCUUUACAUCUCAAACUUGCCCAUUUCCAUGGACGAACAGGAGCUGGAGAACAUGCUGAAACCCUUUGGACAUGUCAUUUCCACCAGAAUAUUAAGAGAUGCUAAUGGCGUCAGUAGAGGAGUCGGCUUCGCCAGGAUGGAAUCUACCGAAAAAUGUGAAGUAGUUAUUCAGCAUUUUAAUGGGAAAUACCUGAAAACACCCCCUGGUGUGCCAGCCCCAACAGAACCUUUGCUGUGCAAAUUUGCUGACGGAGGGCAAAAGAAACGACAGAAUCAAAGCAAGUACACGCAGAAUGGGAGGCCAUGGCCAAGAGAAGGAGAGGCUGGCAUGGCCUUGACAUAUGACCCCACGGCCGCUAUUCAGAAUGGAUUUUAUUCCUCACCGUACAGCAUUGCUACAAACCGCAUGAUUCCACAGACAUCUAUCACGCCAUUCAUUGCUGCUUCCCCUGUCUCUACAUAUCAGGUUCAGAGUACUUCAUGGAUGCCUCAUCCGUCAUACGUUAUGCAACCAACAGGUGCUGUGUUAACGCCAACAAUGGACCACACAAUGUCCAUGCAGCCAGCAAGUAUGAUGGGCCCCCUGGCACAACAAAUGAAUCACCUUUCUUUGGGCACAACAGGAACGUAUAUGACGGCUGCUGCUCCUAUGCAAGGGACGUACAUCCCCCAGUAUACUCCUGUGCCUCCAACAGCUGUCCCUCUUGAAGGUGUUGUCGCCGAUACCUCUCCACAGACAGUAGCACCUUCAUCACAGGAAGCCAGUGGUCAGCAACAACAGAUGGCUGUGGAAACGUCCAGUGAACAUGCACCCACGUAUUCCUACCAACAGUCAAAACAAUAAACAGGACUGAAAAAUGUCGGUCUGAAAAGUUUGCCUUGAAUGGAGAAACUUCACCGAACAAGAAGUUGGCAUCCAGUUUGCACAGGCAUCAACAGAGUUUUCUUUUAAUUUUCUACCUUACCCAACGAAAACAAAACAGUGUUUCUAUGUGCUGUGCAGAUUGUUCAGUCAUGUAGUCUGAUAGUUUUAUUUUUGCUAUUUUUUUAUUAAAGAAAAAAAAACCCAUGGCAAAACACUGGGUUGGUCUUUUAUCUGGAUGAACAUUUGAAAUUCAGAAUUCACCUGGAAGUGUAGAUAGAUUUGUUUUUGUUUUCCAAAAACACACAAAAACAGAGAACCGAUGAUGUCAAGAGGGAGCAAGCUGAGAUGAAAACUAAUGGUCUUCCUCAAGAAUCCAGCUACUCUUUCCCCUUUCUCCGUGAAAUCCAGUGUGUCUUUUAUUUUGGGUUCGUUUUUCUUUCUUUGUUUUUUUUUUUAGAAAUGUUUAGGUAAGGUUUAUCUUGAAUCUUAAUUGCCUUAAUUUUAAGGACGUCAAAGGCUCUCAAGGCAAGCUGUCAACGUCUUGGUAGAAGAAAGGAAAAUGGAUUCAAACGUCCACGGCAUCAACUGGUGAAGUUCAACAGACUGAAUUUUUAGGAUGAACAAAAUAUAUAUAUAAAAGCUGUACAGUUUAGCAGAAAACGAUCUUUUUCUUCUUUCGAAGAAAACUUGUUGAUAAAGGAACUGUGGAGACUUCGAGAAUUGAAAAACAUGCAGACUUUUAUGAACUUUCUUAGUGUUGACAGAGAAGAAUCUAGAAAGCUAAAGUGUUUUACAAUAAAAUUAUUGAACUAUUGGGGGGGAAUCAACUUGCAUUUUAAGGAAUGCAGGUUUUUUUCUUGCAGAAUGGAGAUUUUUUUUUAAUUUACAAAGUGUGAUCGCUGGCAAAAGCAUUAGUGCUUUUUAUCUGCAGUCUUUUUUAUGAGCUUUAAAAAGUUUUUAGUCUGCUUAGCUUGUCACAUUGCAAACACCUAGCUUAAAAGCAUUGGGCGGGGGGGGGGGAACUUAAGUAGAUAGGAGCUUAUGGUCAAAAAAGUGCAAAAAAAAGCAAUAGCUAGAAGAAAUUGUUGACAAUUUCUGUAGUCUUUCCUAGUUGUGAUCAAAUGCAGCCUAUGGAUGGCCUAUUUUAUACCAAAGAUGAAAUGACAACCUACCGCAGUCCAGAAGAUAGAGUCGUCCCCCCCCCUUAUUUCUUCAUUUUUUAAAAAAAAAUAUCUUUAUUUGACCUACAUGGCCGGACCAGUUUCUUAACUUUGUGUUUGUUUAAACUACCUUCCACUGGUGUUGUACAUUCUAUAUGCUUAGGCUUCUAAUGGAAAGUUCUGAGUAGUUGGUACUUAGCAAUGCUUAGCGGAAUUUAACAGCAUGAGAAAGAUAUCAGUCGCCAGCUGUUCUUACCCAGGUGCAUUUGAACUUUGCUGAGCUUUUCCAUUGCGUUGUCCGAUUUCUUUUGUACUGAACCUACGGUCUUCCUUCUUCUCAGCAUCUCACAGGUUCGUUUCCUCCUCCUCUUCCUCCUCCCUGGGUCAUCUUCCAGUGCUCAGAACCAGCCAUCUCCAUUUUGCAUUUUGGUGGUCUGUUCAAGUCACUUAGAAGAUGAUUCUAAAAAGUAGAUGAUUGGUGUUUUCGUCUUAACUCUCCCCUGCAAGAGGAAAGAUUAAAAUGGUUAGUUCUCUCAUGCUAGCAUGAAGCUAACAACCACUUUGUACUAACUGGCUUUCUGUUGUCUUAAUAUGUUUGCUGACAAUCACUAAUUAGUUUGAUUAGGCAAAAGACAAUAGCAAGUACGUUGAAUUGGCAAAGAAACCCUAUUUUUAAAUGAUAAAAGAGUUUAUGGAGUCUAUAUAUUGGAGGGCCUAAGAGAAUUAUCUUUCCCCCACCCAAAAAAGGGAAGGGUGUCAUGCAGUGAGAAUUUUAAGACUGGCAGUGAAGAAGGCGCCUUCAAAUUUUACCAGUUCCCUAUAAAGUGUAUGUGGAAAGUUUUAAAAGUAUGCAUUCCAUUCAUUUCCAACUUCCUUGUUCUCUAGUAAGUUUCAACAAGCGGCACAAUCCACUGGGAAUCUCUGCUGUGUAAACACAGUUUAAAAACGAAGGGGAGUUAAGCAUAACAUAAGCCUGAGCAUUCCCAUAGAGGUUGGACAGGUUCCUGGAGAUUACUGCUCCAAUAUUGCCACCACUCUUGAUGAAUGAGGCACCAAAGUAGAAGAUUUCUGUUCUCUAUAGCAGGCAAAAAGAUCUAGCGAAGGAAGCACUUAAACAAAGCCCAAAUGAUUGAAAUGGCCUCCAGUGGCAGCAGCGGUGGGGUGGCUGUUAAAUGAUGAUGGGUUCACCCCAAUGACAGUGGUGUCUUCGAAACAGGGUAACCAUACUGAAAAGUGACAAUAAUAUUAUAUAUAUAUAUAAAUGCUAAAACAGGUUUCCUUUGAAUCGACCAGGUUCAAUGGCCCCAGUUGUGAUGUUAAGGAUGCAACCUAUGAAACACACAAGCCUCAGCGAUAGGAUAGGAAGUUUGUGGGAGGAAUGUCCACGGAGUCCAUGGUUACUUUAAAUGACUUUUUAAAGAAUCAAGUAUUUUUUUAAGAAUGCUAAAAAGUGUUUCCUUAUUUUUAAUGUAAGUAUCUCUUGUUUGGUGGGGAUGGGAUUGGGUUACCCAAACAAAUGGCUGCUAAAUAUGCAACGUUCAAUAUGAAAAACGUAAAAAUUAAAAACAGUGAAACCAUCUAGCCAACCGUUAUAGACAAGGGGGCCUGGCUAUGUGAGAUUCUAAAAGUACAUGUAGUUUUCCAGUUACUACAUAUGGACUAUUCUGACUCAAAGGACCACAGCGCUGGGGUCAUGGGAAGAGUUUCCAUGUUAUGUAAAGAUCUCUAGCUUCUUCCUUUCUUUCACGUGCUUUGCCACUGCUGUUUACUUUCUGUGAUCAUCACUUGAUUAUUUUCUCUUUUUUUCCUUUGGAAAGCGUGCGCCUGUUGGAUGGGACAUGGGAAAAAUAAUCAAGCCAGCCUUAUUUUUCUUCCUUUUAAUGCUGUAUCUUUUUUCCUGUAUGUAUAAAAUAGAGAUUAUUCUUCUGUGGCACAAUUUUGUUGAAUAUGAAAGAAGCACGCGUUAUUGUUUUGUUCUUUUUUUUUAAAAAAAAUUGUUCCUGUACAAAUUCUAGUUUGGUGCAAAGAAAAGUCUCAUUGCUGUUGACAGUGAGGCUGCAAGGUAGCUACCGUGUGGCUGAUGGGAUAUGCUGAAGUACCUUCCCGAUUCUUCUGUUCAGAAAUCUGUUGCUUUAUUUAUACAUUCUCAUUUUGUUUGACUUGGUUCAGCAAAUAGGGUUAAAUCACGGAAGAUUAAGUUGCCAGUGGGGCGGCGGCGGCAGCAAAUAGUCCAUAUCAUCACUUCAGGUGUUUUUAAAAAAGCUGUUUCGAUUGUUUAAUUUCCUUUAGACAUCCUACAUCUUUGUUGUUUGGCAAAAGGAAAAGAAAGAACUAUCCGUUCCUAUAAAUCACCUGACAUUGAUAGAUCCACUUUGAUAAACUGAUCAGCUAACAGCCUGGAAGUAAAUCCAUAAUAUGUUUGGGGCUGCACUGGCAUAAAUGGCCACUGAACACCCCCCUCAAAAAAAAACCCCCCAAGGGUGAGCCUUGAUUCUAAAUUUAGUUUUAUUAACAAUUUGAUUUCCUUCACAUUUAUGAGUCUUCCUGCUUGGUCCGGGGGUGGGUUCAAGAUCUUUGUCCAGUUGCUGCAAGAUGGUAGGAACUUAACAUUUUGACCUUGUGCAGACCCGACUGCGCAAAGUAAUAUAAACGGCAAGUUGGAAAACAAGAUUCUUCUUCCUCUAGAGAACAUUUCCAUGCAUAGUCUUUAUCCAACUCCAACCUAAGAUUUAAAUGAUCCAGAAUUUCCUUUUUUAAAAAAAUAUUGUUAUUGCUCCCCACCCCCCAAGUUAACCAACCUCUCCCUUGGUAACUAAAAUAAAAUCCAGAAUUUCCAUGGAUGACGAGAUGGUGCUUGAAUAUUUACAUUUUGGCCUAGAUAGGUCCAAGUUCAAAAAUCCUUAGAAUUACGUUAUCUGCUUUGCACAACCACAGAAGUUUUAUUUCCCCCAAAAACUAGGUUCCAGAUUUCAAAGCCGUUUUCAGUACAACAUGGUGUGGCUGCUGUUAGAAGAGAUCUGAGUCUUGCUGGACAUGUAAGCUGUCUGAUGCCCCUCAAAGUUUCUUGCAAGUUUGCAACCUCAAUAUACAUAGACUUUGCAUUUCAGAAUGUCCGCAAGGUCUACCCAGACAGUAAUGAUUUUUAUGUGCUCAGUGUUAAAGUUCUUUGUGAGUAUCAGUGACUGUUUCUUGCAGGGAUAUCUAACCCCUUGAUAUCCUAUAGCAAGAAGGAAUUGCGAAACUUUCGCUAUUGAUUAAAUCAUUGCACUGAGCAUUCCCUUACUGCUACAGAAUAUUGGCAAUGUUUACAUAAGGAUUCUCGAUUUCUCAGAAUGAGAGUUGAAGUGAAGGGAUGGAGCUGAAACCCGCUUAUCUAUACUUCGCUCCAGUAAUAGGGAUGUGGGUGGCGCUGUGGUCUAAACCGCUGAGCCUCUUGGGCUUGCCGAUCAGAAGGUUGGUGGUUUGAAUCCCCGCAAUGGAGUGAGCUCCCGUUACUCUGUCUCAGCUUCUGCCAACCUAGCAGUUCGAAAGCACACCAGUGCAAGUAGAUAAAUAGGUACCACUGCGGCGGGAAGGUAAACGGCGUUUCCAUACGCUCUGGUUUCCAUCACAGUGCCCCAUUGCACCAGAAGCGGUUUAGUCCUGUUGGCCACAUGACCCGGAAAGCUGUCUGUGGACAAACGCCAGCUCCCUCGGCCCUGAAGCAAGAUGAGCGCCUCAACCCUAUAGUCACCUUUGAUGGGACUUAACCGUCCAGGGGUCCUUUACCUUUACCUUUUUACCUUGCUCCAGUAAUGUAUUUUGAAGGAAAACAAGUUUCUUUGCGGAUCCCUUCUUUGAGCACCCACCAUCACUUGCAUUGUCACCUGCACAGAUGGGCACUUACACAGACACAUGGAAGUCCCCAUAACUUCAUCUUCUUCCUGAUCUAAUAAUCCUGCACCUUAAAUGUACAGAUUAGGUCACCAAUCAAAAGCAAUGCAGGAGGAGCCCCUCAAAGGCCAAUAUCAGCAUCAGCUGGGUGGAUGAUGGGAUGUUGGCAUGCAAACAACUCGAUUAGGGUUAUCCAGUUGUGAUUCCAUCUUCCACAUGUUGCCAAGGCAACACGGAAUUGCUGAGAAGCAGUUUUUGGAUGACUAGCCACACAACUGUGACGACAUCUGAACUGGGCCUUAAAAGAUAGACUUCGAUCUUGAUGUUAUCUUGCAACAAAUGGUUUGAAGGAUUCUAUGGCUUUUUCAGCAGUUCCAGACCUCAGCUCAGCAAAAGUAUUUUGAUCUGAGCUGAUUUCCUGCCAAUUCAUUUGAAUCCAAGUAUUUGAUUAUGGUGACUAGUUACGGAGCAAAGGGUAAGAUUUUAAAAUGCUGGAAAAGAGACUUUUUAAAAUUACGCAGUUGUCUUAUAAGAUUCUAUUUUUUGAAGGCCCCCUGGUAGCAGCCAAGGAUUUUGGAUUCCUCUGUCAGUGAACCCUGAAAGUGUUCCUGGUUGUGGGUUCAUAGCUGCAUGGCUUGCCAAGAAGCUUAAAGUGUCUCACUGCAGUAGUUCAAAGCAGAACUUUAGAGAUAUUUUGAAGUAAUUCCAUUGUGUUCUGCAAUAUUGGUGUUCACAUCUGAGGAAGAAAAGUGGUGAACAGGCAAACAAGGGAUUUUGCAGUGAGCCUAAGCAUUAAAAAUGCAUUUUACGUUAUCAAAAAUAAGAAGGAAGGAUAUUAUUUAUGUAUGUGUGGCGACCAUACUCAGCAGAUUUGAGAAUGCCUGCAGUGUAAUAAAAGUUUAUUUUUAAUAUGUCACAGUAUUUUGAUCUAAAUUAUGUUGUCUAUGGUAUUAAAGAAAUGAUGUGAAAUAUGUAGAAAGUUGCCUUGGUUCAUGAUUUUAAGCCUGAAGGUGGCUUAUCAGCCACCAUCCCUAUCAUUUUAAUGCUGAGACUGACAUGAGCGAAACAGGUUUAAGUAUAGUCUCUGGGACUAUUACCUGUAUAGUAAAAGUCAUGUGAAAAGUGUGAUUAUGGGCUUAACAUAAUGAAUCAAUCCACAUGGUGAUGAGACCAAAUAUGGAAUUUGAAGAUAGUUGUGUUUGAGUCAUACAUGGCCAACAUUUCAUUUCAAGGCUUUAUUUAACAUGAAAUUGGUUCUGAUGUACAAAGGUAUAAAGGAUUUUCAAGUCCUCAGCGUUAGACCAAGGAUAUUCUAGCGGUGUGAUGACAUUGCAAAGGGAAAAAAAGCACGCUGCAUGUUUCAGAGAACCUCUCCUUUUUUUAAAAAAAACACUAUCUUGUUCCUCUACAGCGGUGGGUGAGUUACUUCAUUUUGAAUAAAGCAUAAGCAUAAUCAUGCAUGUAAGCACCCAUGUGCGUACUUGGCAAGGAAGGUCAGUGACUGAUCAGAUCUUUCUAGUCCUUGUUGAGCAGUUUCAGGAAUCAUGAAACAUCAGAAGAAAGGUUAUUUCUCUUAGGAGGGAAAAAAAACCCUUCUUCUACUGUCAUAUCACCUAAAGUGGAUUCCAAUCUCAAAUUCCUCUUCAUACCUCAGACUACAGAAAAGAAACAGUAUUUUCACUUUUACUGACAUGUUCUUUGUUAAAAAAAAAUAAAUGGAAAUGUUUGACAAAUGCUGUAAAGUGAAUGUCGGGUUUGCUUCUGUGGGGAUUAAAAUUCUUGUGUUUACAUAAAUGGGUUUAUAUUUUGACAGCUAUUACACUUGAGGUUCUUCCAUCCUAAUAACUGUUUGUUAGGAGCUGUGAAUGAUCUGCUAUUAGUCCCGAAUUAUUACUACAUUCUGAUGCUGAAAGAUUUUUUUACUGAAAACAAAAUCUGGGGGAGGGAAGGGUUUUGUUCUAGAUUAUAAUUGUGUUUUCUAACUUGAUUUUGUUUUGUUUUUGAUUUUUACUUUGGAAAGAAGUUUUGUGCAUCUAAAAGGUUUGGGUCAAUAGGUUUUUAAAAGCUGAAAAAUUGCAUGGGCCAGUUCAUCAAACUUGGUUGAAUUGGUUGAAACAUGUAGGUUGACUGUUCAUGCUGUGCCUUUGCAGUUGGGGAAAUAGAAAUUUUAGUGCUUCACUGUGAAGUUAUAAAGCAUAUGAGGUGCUGCCCUUAGAUGUUUUUACAUCUGAAAAGUCAAAAUGACCCCUUUGAUAUCCUAAUUGAUACCCUGGUUGAAUAUUGAAAUGAAGGGAAGCCACACUGAUUGUAUCUCCUUGUGGCAAGCAAAUCAAAUGUCCCAAUCACAAGCAGAAAACCAAUUAAUACAAGCUGAAAUAAAAAAAAUAUCACCAUGUGUUGGGUAGUUGUAUCCAACCUUCAUUCAUCCCUAACCUGACCAACAAUCUUUACAAGAAGCACUCAGGUGAAUAUUUGGACAAAGACACAUCAUGGGCCUAGUCUAUCUACAGUGCAAAAAAUAAUAAUAAUGUUUUGUUCAUUGGUCUUACAAAAACACAAUGCUACUAAUUGGAGAUUGCAAAUUUUAGAUUGGCAAAACUAGGCUGGCCUAAAUGGUCAUGCUAAGAACAAGCUCUUCUUCCCCUCAUUGAUAUACACCUCAAGGAAGUAAGUUUCUUGUAAUAAAACCGGAAGUGUCAAUAUUUCAUACAGCAAACUUUAAACUGUUUCCCGCCCCCCCUCUGUUUCAAAUGAAAAGGCUCCCGUCUGGUUAAAAUGAAAUCGAAUCAAGGAACCAGGGCUGUGAAACAAGAUUAAAUUCCUACCCAGUAAAUGGAAAACACCCUUUUUUUCAGGCCUCCCAGUUCCCAAAGCGCAGCCCAAAAGAACUCUGAAAGGAAUUAAGAUAACGAUUCUGACUUGUAAGGGCAUCUUUGUGCUAAUGUUUCAAAAUGUCAUGAAAAGUUCUGUAUUGCUGAGGGGAGGGUUUCCCCCUCAUUCUUUUUUUUUAUUAUUUCUGUUUGUACCACAAUCCUAAUAGCUGCCAUUUUCCCACUCCUGGGGCUUUCUGUAGAUCAGUGGAUGUUAGGUUUAAACCUCUCUUUUCUUUGAUGAAGCUUUCAAUAAAAAAACAAAACUAAAGAAAA